GCACUGGAUUUGUCACCGAGACACCCCGCACACGCAUACCUCGGACUCGUGGACCUGUCUCAAGCUUCUCCGGAGCUAACAGCCACUUCUCUGUAAGUUACUGUUGUUAGGUUAACUGCACCAUACGGUAGCCUAGCUUGCAGACGAAGAGACGCUGCCCAGUAGACCAACUGCUGCAAAAGCGAGGCGCCGUGGUUUCAGGUGCAAGGCUCGCGCCGGCCGACUUAAGAGCUAGGUUGACACCUAAUAUCUUAGAGGUGAUGGCCUCGGGGCUCGACGUCGACAUGAUGGGCGGGGUGCGACCUCGCUCCAGCGGUAACAUUCCGGUCAGCACCUGUGGCGGCGCGCAGCUGUAUUGGGAGGAGUAUGGACCGCGCGACAGCGGCAGCAGUAGUGCGGGGGCCCUCUCACCUGCUGCUGCUCCUUCUACCGUGGGCUUCCCUGCUGGCCCCCCUGCCUACGACAAGCGGUUGCUGCUCAUUAAUGGUGCCAACGGCAAGAUUCCCUUUUUCGGCCAUGCCAUACAGCACUUUGUGAGGCUGGGUUACACGGUGUUGGUGCACGAGGCCCGUGGUGUGGGCCGCAGCAGUGCUGUCGGGCCGCCCGCCCGCCAGUCCAUCCGGCUGCUGGCGGCGGACACGCAGGCGGUGGCCAACGGCGUGUGGGGCGCCCACAGCCGCUUCCACCUGCUGGGGGCGUCCCUGGGCGGCAUGGUGGCGCAGGAGCUGGUGUACCGCCUGGUGCGCGGCGGAGACAAGUGCUUUGGUGCCUCUGUUGUCCCUCUGCUGGGUGUCCUGCUGCUGGUGACUGACUGCGGGCAGCGCUGGUGGCCGCUGCCCUGGCGCCGGGAGGGGCGAGUGCGGCGGCUGGUGCUGCCGCAGCUGGGGUUCAGGGAGGACGACGGCGGUGCGGACUUCCGCGAGCGCUUCGGCCGUCAGAUUGAGGCCUGCUACUCCGCCGCAUGGCUGGACGGGCCCGCACCGCCACUGCCCGGCAGCACUAGCAGGGGCGAAGGAGGUUGCAAGCCGGCAGCUGCGCCGGGAGACACGGAGGCAGGUGCCGCUGCCUCGGCUGGCCCCACCACACGGCGGCAGGUGGUGACUCGGCUGUGGUGCGAGCACUGGCGGGAGCUGUCCGCCAUGCGGGCCACCCCCGAGGACGUGCGGGCGGUGACGGGGCAGAUGAGCGCCCAGUACAACCACUACCUGGGGCCGCGCAGGGCCGCCCUCAUCCGCCGCAGUGGCGUGAAGCUGGGAGUGGGGGUGUCCUCGGCGGACUGCUUCUACCCGGAGCACAGCCAGAGACAGCUGGCAGAGGCCCUGGGCGCGGAGGUACACUGUGUGGCGGCUGGCCACGCCGAGUGCCUGUGGCUGGACGGGGUGGCGCUGAUGGUGGGGGCGGCUCUGGCUGUGUUCAGGGACAGCCGCGUGUAGCUGGGGUCGGCCAGAUAGGUCG